CCCAGGAUCCGCGCACGGCCGCCCUCCCUGCGCCGCCGCAGCAGCAGCAGCCAGAAGCGCCGCCUGGACGGGGAGCCCGACGGCUGCCCGGAGGCCAAGAAGAGGCUGGCGGAGGCGGUGCCUGCCUUGGGAGAGUGGCUCCUUGUCGCGGGCCAGACGUGCAGCCCGGGACUCUCUCCGCAGGGCCAGAGUCACCUGCCUGGUCCGCUGGACGUUCCCUGGGAAGAGAUGGAGCAGUCGGCGGGGGAGCUGCAGUGCGAGGCGGCCCGCAGGAAGCUGCAGGAGAUCGAGGACAGCUUUAUAUUUGAAAGAAAAGAAUUCAUAUCCCUUUCUGUUGCUAGAAUAAUUGACGAGGAUGAAGAAGAUGAGAGCGCCCUUCCGGCAGGAGGUGUCUGCACCCUUCCCACCUUGGUUCUUUCUGACACCCUGAAAACAGGACUGAAGAGGGAUUACGAAGGAGACCUGACAAGGCAAAUGAUCGAGUCCAUGAGCCGCCCCUCCAUGGAGCUGGUGCUUUGGAAGCCUCUCCCAGAGUUCCUCACUGAAAGGACGCCUGUUUCUGUGAAAAACUUCAAGCCACUGAUCACAGGAAGAUGCCCCACGAAGCCAGCAGCCCAAAAAGUAGCUGCCUUUUGCCCACAGACGGCAGAGUUUCCUGAGGAGCCUCAGCAAGAGGAGAUGCCUUCGGCCCUCUAUGGCCCCCUGGGGCGCCCUGCAGGUGCAGACGAAGAGAUGGAGUUGUAGGCAAAGAAGAAGGGGCUGAGGCAGAGUUCUCCAGACAUGCUGAGACUGGACUGCUGGGGAGGGGACUGUGAGGACCAUAAAGAGUCUAGGGUGGAAUAGUAACAUGUCUGGAACAUGGAGCAGAAGACGCUUUCAGAGUCCUUGUAAAGAAACGUGAUGGGUAGGGUUUGUAUUUUUCCUUUUGGGUGUGACUUUUUUCUUCCCUUUUCAUGGAGUAAAAGUCAGGAGCUGACAGUGUAGUUCUGGCUCAGACCACCCUCUAUGCCCACUAAGCUACAAGUGUUGUUCUGUUUGGAACUUCAGUGGAGGAUUUUCACCUGCUUUAAAAGGAGAGUCUCAAUCUUGAGUGUUUGCCUGCGUUCGCUUUCACUGCUGCUCCUUGAGCCGUGUGGCUUAAGUGUUGCUGUGAGGAAAGGGAGGAAAGGGCACCUUGCAGGCAUCCUUGCCGGCUCAAGUGUGGCCUAGAAAUUGUCAAGAGGUGGGGCGGGAUAGAGGCCAAGCCACAGAGCUGGCUGCAGGCCUUAGCUUUGAGUCAAGAGCCAUUUCUGUUGGCUGACUCCUGCUUACUCUCCCCUUCCUCCCAAAGAUUGCUCAUUGGGUUGAGGGUGUCAGGACACAGUUGAUGGCUUUGGGCCAACCAUUCCCAAAACCAAUGUCAUACAAGUAUCAGCCUGCCCAAAACAGCAGCUUUAACGUUCAUUUCACCUUGUGCCUGAAUCUGAGCCAUGGCUGGUGCUGCCAGUCCUCCAGUGACAACUGUCUGAAUGCCAUAGAACACAAAGUUGCUUUCCUCUGGAACGAUACCUCGUGUCUUUAUUCAGAAAAGCCAUUUCCUGGCUGCCAGGAAGCUACAAAAUGGUCCUUUCCUAAAUCUAGAAUUACCAGGAAGGGCAGUAUCAGCAAAACAUCCUCACCUGAAAGACUUUAAAACCACACUCAUUUCCCCCUGUUCUUGCUUCAUUUCCUGGAUGGUCACUUGAGUUUAUGUAUAUGUCCUUUUUGUUGGUGUGUUUUUUAAUUUUUAUUAAUCCUCCCUGCCCACACUCCUUGUCUUCUUCAAAACGUUAGAACAAUUGUACCUAAACAUUUACAUCUUAAUUCAGAGUAGAAACCCUGUGCAUCCACCCCCCAAUCUUGUUAAGACUAAACUGUCACCUGCAGCCAGCAGGGCUAGUGGUCAAGAGACUGGAGAUGUAGCCUGGCAACAACUGGUGGGAAAAGCAUUUAUCCCAUUGUUAUUUUCCUUUUUGGUAGUCCUCUACAUGCAAGCAGAAGUGGCUUUUAAACUGCCCAAGUUUCAGAGGAUGGAGGGAAGGACACAAAGCGGUUAGAACCUGCUGGUCCCCACUCUGGUAGCAUGUUGAAGGGCCUCCACAGCUGAUGUGAGAAGACGGUGAAGGCAAAUGUCUGGCUCUGGCAUUGGGUCUUCCAUUGGCCCACAUCCUUGGAAGUCAGAAGGAGUGAGUGGUGGUUCUUUUUCAGAUGUUGCAGUUACCAUUCAUGCUGGCUAAAUGCUGUUUAAUGAAGACUACUUCUGUUGGUGGAAGGAUAAAAUAGGUAUAUAAAGAAAGAAUUCCUGAAUGCCACGAUCCAGGUUUGGGCAAGUAUUCCAUGGUGAGGACACAAGCAAAGUGUGGGAAUACAGACCUUUAGAAUAUGCCCUUGUGUGUUCUAAAGGACAACACAUUUGGUAAGCUUAAAAUUGUCUAAAACUCUCCAAAGGUCAGAUUCAUGUGCUUUUCCGUACAGCAACAGCAUUCAGAAAGUUGCACAGGCUGUAAAACUUGGCUUUCUUACAAAGUGGUGAAAGUUCCUAAAUUAUUGGUAUAGGAACUCAAGGGAGGUUUGUUAGAGCCAUGCGGCUAAGCUGGAACACAUGCUGAGCUUUUCAGGGGGCGAGGCGGACAAAGACUUGAUUAUCUACUGUCUCAAGGUGAGCUAAGCCUGGCAGGACAGCUUAUGUAAGCAUGUUGGUUAUGAGGCUGCUUAUCCCACAAAUACUGGUGAGAGAUGGGGAAUUCUUCUGAUUCCAGAAGUAAAUAGAUCCAGAUCACUUUAAUUUAUUUUCCAAUUCAUUUUUGUCAUUGAGACCUGUCUCUGCUUCCUCACAGGAAAACAGUGCCACACAAGUAUAGCUCAGAGGGGGAGUUCUCUGAGUGUGUUUGCUGGUCCGUCCGUUUGAAAUAAGCAACAUUGGAUUGUGGUCUGUCUUUGGUUGGACCAAUUUGUAUGUCAAUAAACUUUUUUAACGUUUGUAGUA